GGCCAUUUCCAUUUCCGGCGCCUGCCGCUCUAUUACACUGCACUCAGAAGACCAUCUGCACACGUUUGGCAAUGUUUCUGUUGCAGUCACAUUUGAUCUUCCGUUCUCUCACGGAUCGUUGCUUGAUUUUCCUCUGCAACGUCAGAAGUCACAGUUCUAUAUUCGGUCCAUCCAAACUUACUAGCUCUUACCCUUCGGAAAAGGUAGAAUUGUUCAAGUUUCCAACCGUAUCCACAAUCAUAAACAGGACAAUUAGUCCAGAAAAUGCCUACAUACUUCGUAAAUGGCAAGAAAAAAAGAAACGUGAAAUGGGCGAGGAUCAGUUCAACGCUUAUAUGCUGUCUAUCAAAAAAUUAGGAAAGGAGGUUCAUGAGGCCAUACAGCAAAGGCUACUUCGGGGCAGUUUUCCCUCAGAUUUAUCCGGUGCCGUGUCCCCUUAUUGUCGAA